AUGACCAACUUACCGACUAUAAAAGAAUUCUUAAAGUCAAACCAGCUCGAUCAAUAUCAUGACGCUUUUAUAAAAACAGGUGCAACUGAGCAAGACUUGGAAUUGGUUAUUCAAUUGAACGAACAAGAACUCUCGGAAUUUAUAUCUGCCUUGGGCAUGCUCCCGUUUCACUCCAUAAAGUUCAAAAAGAGUCUACGUGAACUUAGGAAUAAGUUAUCACCUGAUAAGCAAGAGAUAGUAUCUACAGAGAAUGAUCCUUCCAUAGACAUGAUUACUAUUCAAGCAAGGAUCUAUGGGAAAGGACAAGAUCGACUACUGACAAGUUAUGAAAAGGCUAUUAACAAAGCGGCCGUUCAAUUAGCACUGGAGGAUCCAUUGCUGUUGUCAAGAAAGGGAGAAUUAUUUAAAUUAGCCAAGAAAAAGCUACUGGAUGAAGGAUAUCAAUACAAGCGAGGAAGGAGUCGAUCAAAGCUAAUCAAGGAGAACCCACAGUUACUGCAACGGCAGUCAUCAUUGCUAGAUAAACGACAAGAAAAUGCUGAGCGUAUAUCAAUACAAAGACAAGAAAAGAUAAGAUGCUUGGAGAAGCAAAUAGAUGAACUGUUACGGAUUCGGCAAUUGACAGAAAAUAGACUAGAGAUUAAUUAUUAUGAUGUAGAGACUAGACCAAGCAUGGAAACUAAACUAAUGGAAUAUGAAGAAGAAAAACGUCAAUUGAGUAGACAAAUAAGUAAAUUGAAAUCUCAAGAACGGAAACAUCAGUGGUAUUAUAGACGGAAAUCUGAAAAAUCUAGUGGCAGUAGUAGUAGUAGUAGUAGUGACAGUAGCCAGUCAAUAGAAUUCGGUUCACAGCCUUCGCUAUCAUACAACAGUAGUAGUAAUGAAGAAGAGUCAUUAUUGGAGAUUGAAGAUCGAUCCUUUUCUAUUUAUUCCAUUGAAACACAUUAUAACACAAGAGAAAGUGACGUACGAGCAAGAAGUUUAGGGCCAAAAUGA